GUGGUUGGGUGAUGUGAUUUUUUUAUUGGGGAUGGCAGUGGUCAGCGGACGGAAUCUGACCGUGUGUUUCAUCUGGGAGGAUGACUCCUACUUCUCCACGCUGCAGCGCGCCUCCGCCGCCGUGCAGUUGGGGGUGCAUAAUGCCAACGCGUUUGUCCUACCCGAGGGCGUGCACAUGGAUGUGCUGUACCAGAGUACCGGGCCGUCCUGCGGCCACACCAUGUACUCGGUGGUCAAGCAGAUCUACCAUCUCCUCAACACCGGCGCCACGUGCAGCGCCUUUGUCGGUCCCAGUUGCGCCUACACCGCCGCCGCCGUGUACGGAUUUGCCUCCUCGUUGAACGUGCCCAUUUUCGGCUCACCGGCGGCCGGUGUCUGGUCACUGCAGGUCGACUCGGAUUUCUCCGAUUAUCCCCUGCUAAUCCGACCGGCUUUCGGCUUCAGUGACCUUACUGAUUUUCUUGUCUACUUUCUGGACCGCUUUGGUUACCGGCAUCUUUCUGUCUUCCAGGAUGACUCCUAUUCCUUCUUCAGCGCCAUGGUCAACCCCAUCCUCUCCCUUUUACAAGCCCGCCGACCACUGUUCUUCUCCAACACCGUGGUGACGCACAUCCGCAGUAAGAACAUGACGGUGGAGAAGUACAAGCCGAUGCUGCGCGCCGCUAAUGAGCGCUCGCGGGUGUUUGUUCUGCUGGUCCAUGCUCUGGGCAUCCGCGACAUCAUGAUUUCCGCCAGUCAACUAGGUUACACCAAGGGCUAUCAUGUGUUCCUGGCGGUGCAGUUGUACCAUCUGGAUUACUGGGGCAUCAUCACGCCCUUCAAUCAGGAUCGCAAUGACCCGGUUGCUCUGCUGGCCUAUCAGUGCUUACUGAUCGUGGAGCUGCGCGAAGAAGUGGAAAGCCUGCAUUACAUGCAGAAAUUCGAGCGGGAAGUCAAGGCACUGGCGCGCCGCACUUUCAACUACACUUUCGAUGCGCUGGAACCGAUUGACCCGACGGUGUCGUCGCUGUACGAGUCCAUCAUGAUGUACGCCAGUAUCGUGGCCAAUCUGUCGCGUUCAGGCGCCAACUACACCGACGGGAUGCUCAUCGCCGGCACCGUCCUCAACUCAUCCUACGAAGUCUUCAAGGGCGCACGCAUGUGGAUCGGCGCCGAUGGGGAACGCGACCGCAAUAUGAACAUAAAACAUUUCAAUCCGCGCACCGGCGGGUUUGAGGUUUUUCUGCAAUAUCUGCAGCAUCAGCGCGGCAACGUGUCGAAAUUCCAGUACGUACAGGACAUUGCCUGGCCGAGUGACAACGGCAAACUGCCGCCCGAUGAACCGCUGUGCGGUUUUCACGGGGAUAAAUGCCAGAGUACGCUGUCGCCCGGUGUCCUGUCGGCUGCUAUCGUGGUGCCCUUUCUGACCGUCAUCGCGAUCGGGAUCGGCGUUGCCAUUGUCCUCAUCAAAUUAAGGCAGCUACGGGCCCAGUUCGAUCCUUAUUGGUGGCGCAUCCCAGAGGACGAGAUAACCGUGCACACAGGUGGCGCUGCUAGCUGCUCCUCGCGGAUUGCCGGGCUAGGAGUAGCGCGCUCCUCCACUACCCUUCCGUCCUUGCAGGCAUCGUCCAACGGCGGCGUCAGUCUCAAUAAGCGCACUCCCCAGUCCUCACCCUACGUCGCCAACCUCCUGACGGCCACCUACGACGGGGGUGUCCUGUCGCUGGUGGAUGUGUCCGCCGCCAUGAAGUACGCCAAACAGGAGCUGGUCGAGGAAGCCCACCUGAUCAAACCGCUGGAUCACGGUAAUCUGCAGCAUUUUGUGGGUAUCGUCAUGCGCAACGACGGGAUCUGUCAUUACGUCGCCGGGGAAGUGUGCCGCAAGGGAUCAUUAACCGAUGUGCUGGAGAACGAAUUCGUUAAGCUGGACUGGUUCUUCAAGAAUUCCCUCGUGCGCGACUUAAUCAAUGGCAUGGCCUACCUUCAUUCCACACCGGUGUCGUCGCAUGGUUUCCUGUCUUCCUGCUCGUGCCUGAUUGACGCCCGCUUCAGCCUGAAGAUCUCCGAGUACGGUUUGACUUACUUCCGCGGCGCCAGCGACUACUCUCCGCCCCGUUUGGAACUAGCCAAUAACCAGUCGUUGGGGAAGUACUUCUGGCGGGCGCCGGAAUUCCUGCGCCAUACGAUGCCAUUGCGAGGCAGCCAGAAAGGCGACGUCUAUAGCUUCGCCAUUAUCCUGCAGCAGAUUAUUCUGCGCAGUGGACCUUACAGGAUGCCCGAUGAUAAUUUGGAGCUGUCAGAUGAAGAAAUCCUGCACGAGAUCAUCGCCAAUAAUAUUCCCCCGGUGCGGCCGCGUGUGCCCCGCUCGGCCUGCUCGAACGAGCUGUACGAGUUAAUGGAGCGCUGUUGGGAUGAGGCGCCGCUGGCCCGGCCGACCUUCCAGAAAAUGCGGGAGAAACUGCGCAAACUGGUGGGCAACAUCGGCGACAACAUCGUGGAUGUGUUGCUGCAGCGGAUGGAGCAGUACGCCACGGAUCUCGAGCAGAAGGUGGCCGAUCAGACGCAGCAGUUUCUCGACGAGAAGAACCGCUCCGAGGAAUUGCUCAACCAACUGCUGCCUAAAGCCAUUGCCAAGCAGUUGAUGAAGGGUAUCCAUGCCGAUCCGGAAGCGUUCGAAUGCGUGACGAUCUUUUUCAGCGAUAUUGUCGGCUUCACCACAUUAGCGGCCAAGGGCACGCCCAUGGAUGUGGUCGUUCUGCUUAACGGAUUGUACACAUUCUUUGACAACAUUAUGGAGAAGUUUGACGUGUACAAAGUGGAAACCAUCGGCGAUGCGUAUAUGGUUUCCUCCGGACUGCCGGUAAGAAACGGUAACCGGCACGCCGUGGAGAUCGCCGAGAUGACGCUGGAGCUGGUGGGGAAGAUUUCGCAGUUUGUCGUCCCGCAUCGACCGGAUGAGCGCAUCGAAAUCCGCGCCGGCAUCAAUUCCGGUCCCUGCGUUGCCGGGAUUGUCGGGCUGAAAAUGCCGCGAUACUGCCUAUUUGGAGACACUGUCAACGUUGCCUCGCGCAUGGAAUCCACUGGUGAAGCUAUGAAAAUCCAAGUGACACAGGAUACACGUGACCUUUUGGAAGGGAUCGGCGGCUUCAUCCUGGUGGAGCGCGGUCAAGUGGAAGUGAAGGGCAAAGGACUGAUGACCACGCACUGGUUGCUGACAAGCAGUAGCCGGAAAUCGCUGCAUUAG